GGAAGUGGCUUUCAUUAGUAGUGGUGGAGGUGGUGGUAGUGAGCGCGCGGCACACUUCGCGCUUCUCUUUGUAAGUUCUCACAGUACCACGCACCUUGGCUUACUCUCGCAGGUGAAAUAAACUGUUCCUUCAGCGCGAUUCCAUUCCGUUUAUCGUACCCGUGGAAUUAUUCUCUCUUUUUCUAUGAUUAUUCGCGUAACCGUGUUUGUAAAAGAUCGAAAAUCUUAAUGUGUUCAACCGCGAGAAACGGCCUCGGCCCUGCUACUGUUACUAGUGUACUAUGUCAUUGAGAGGAUCUGUCUGAACGAACGAAGAAUCAGAUUUCUCUCGGCGACCUUUCUGUCGCCACGUGCUUCGUGUUCUUUGCAUCUUUUUCACAAAUUCGCCGAUCCUCCACGCGUACGAUUCACCGAAUUGGACAGUUCCAUCACCAACGUUCCUGCGCUUUACGUAAUUAACAAGCCAGAAUGUAUGGACCGAUUUUCUUCGUUACCAUUCUCGGAGCAUUUCAUGAAAUUGCCGCCGCCUCGCAACACAUUAACAAAGAUCUCACGAAUCACUACAAUGCUCGUUUUCACGUUUACGAAGAACCGUAUAGUAUCGACUUCACCUAUCAUAAUUACGAGCAAAUGAGUCGUUUUCUUCGAACAACGUCUCUUCGAUUUCAAAAUCUCACUGCCUUAUAUUCUAUAGGAAAAUCCGUGAAAGGUCGCGAUUUGUGGGUAAUGGUUGUUUCUUCAUCGCCUUACGAACAUAUGAUCGGUAAGCCCGAUGUAAAAUAUGUGGCCAAUAUACAUGGGAAUGAAGCUGUAGGUCGUGAAUUAAUGUUACAUCUAAUUCGCUUCCUCGUAACCAGUUAUGGAUCAGAUCCAUAUAUUACGUGGCUUUUAGACAAUACCAGAAUUCAUAUUCUUCCAUCAAUGAAUCCUGACGGUUUUGAAGUUUCGAAGGAAGGAUAUUGCGAAGGUGGUCAAGGCAGGUAUAACGCACGCGGUUUCGAUCUGAAUCGAAAUUUCCCCGAUUACUUCAAACAGAAUAACAAAAAAAGUCAACCGGAAACAGAAGCUGUAAAGGAAUGGGUCUCUAAAAUUCAAUUCGUUCUGUCUGGAAGCCUACACGGAGGUGCCUUGGUUGCAAGUUAUCCAUUCGAUAACACACCUAACUCGCGAAUAUGCCGGUCAGCGCCAUUAUGUGCAGUGUUUCAGAGUUAUACUUCGGCGCCGAGCAUUUGUCCAGACGAUGACGUGUUUCAACAUUUAUCGUUGGUGUAUUCCCGAAACCACGGAUCUAUGUACCAAGGAUUACCCUGCUCGCCAUCUCAACCAGGCUUUAAAAAUGGUAUAACUAAUGGAGCACAGUGGUAUCCACUUACCGGUGGAAUGCAGGAUUUCAACUACGUAUGGAAUGGGUGUAUGGAAAUUACAUUGGAACUUUCGUGUUGUAAAUAUCCUCCUGCUUCUGAUUUACAAUUUUACUGGGAAGAAAAUCGCGUGGCACUCAUUAAAUUUUUAGCGGAAGCUCAUAGGGGCGUCCGUGGAUUUGUUAUCGACGAAAAUGGAAAUCCCAUUGAGAGAGCAUCUAUCAAAGUGAAAUCACGAGACGUUAGUUUCCUUACUACGAAAUAUGGUGAAUUUUGGAGAAUUUUACUGCCAGGAAUGUAUAAACUAGAGGUAUAUGCAAAUGGAUAUCUUCCACGUGAUGUAGAAUUUAGAGUAGUAGAACAACAUCCGACCUCUUUCAACGUAACAUUAUACAGAGCAAGUAGACAUCCAGGUGAGGAUGAAACUGGAUCCAAUUUUUAUAAUGGGAACAGGGACCAUAUUAAUCGGGACCAUGUGAUACAUUUUCGACCACAUUCUGGAACCAAUACUGCAUCCGAGACAAAUAGCGGAAUUUUUUCAUCCAUUAGUAACGGAUUCAACUCCUUCGUUAAUAAUUGGUUUGGGUGAUUAAUUAUGAGUUAGCGGACAACAAAUUUUUUAACAACAUUGCUGUUUCAUAUUAAUUUCAUAAUGACCAACAGAGGCGAAACGAUGUUGAAAAUGUUUAUCAUUAUUUGUUACUCUAUCUGUUGUUAUAAAUGAUGAUAUAAUAAUUUAUAAAACGGAUAUUACUGAUGAAAUUGAAUCAGUUUCAAAUAACGAAGAAACUUACUUUGUUAUUUGAAGAAGUUCAGAGCAAAGAUGCAGAGCUCAAAUUUAAGUAUAUAGAUAAAAUUGAACGUGUAGAUAUCAUAAUUUAUAUAGUGAGCAAAUAUUUAUAUUUUCUUAAUUUUACAUGUCUCUAUAACUUCGAUAAUUUAUUUUUUAUAUACGUAUGUUCAGAUUUCUUAUUUAUAUUAUUUAAAAAUUAACAAUGUGUAUUAAUUAUUUUUAUUUUUACUUUUAUACAUGGUUUGAAAUAUUUAUUAGUACUGGGAGAGAUACUUAAUCUUCCAAGAAAAUUUCAUUUUAUAAUAAAAAAUAUUUGUUAAACACUUAAAAAUUAAUUUCCAUAAUUCUAUUAUUUAAGCAAACAAAAUUAUUUCUAGAUAUUUCUUCUCGUUAAGUUUUAUUUCUAAUCUCCUAAUGAACAAAAUUCUAGUCUCUUAAUUAAGAGAACGUCAAGUUUUACAAGUUAAAUUAAUUAAAAGAUGAUUUGAACGAAAAUUAAAUGUUUCAUACGUCAACAUUUACAUCUAAUGUUCAUAAUAUAAGAUAUAAAUAUCGACUAAUUGUUCUUAUAAUGAUCCGAAUUAUCUACUCCAAAAAUGUCAUGAAACAAUAUUUGAUACAAGGAAUAACAUCUUUUCAUAGGUAUUCGUAAUAGUUUAAAUUCAUACCACAUAUCGUAUAAUAAGGAAGACUGUUUAAUGAAACAAAAAAAUUACUCGUUAUCAUCUUCUAAUGAAAGUAACAAACACAGUUAUUUUAUAUAUUCUAUACAUAUAUAUAUAUAUAUAUAUAUAUUAUUUUACUCGCACACAAUAAGAUAAUGUCCAAAAAAAUAGUUUUUAAUUGCACUGUUUGCAACAUAUGUAUGAGAAGGUUUAUCAUAUUUGUUUUUUACAUAAGAGGCAUGCCGAAAUAUUGUGCCUUCACUAUCGAAAUUGUCAUUCUCAAACUUCUUAAGAAUAGCAUCAAAAAUGGCCUUAAAAAUUGCGUGAUAAUUUUUCAUCUUUCAAUGAAAAAUUAUCGUUUAUUACCUACUCAAAUUAUAUGUUUUGUUGUCCUCGUAUAAUGUCUGCAAUUAGUCAUACGAAUAAAAUAAAAUAAAAGUAGGUAAAAGUCGAGAAUUCGCGUAACGAAGGGACCUGCUGUAAUAUAUUUUUCUUUGCAUAUUAAACACAAAUUAUAUUUUUUAAAAUACGCGUAUAUAUAUAUAUAUACAUAUAUAUAUAUAUAUAUUAAAUGAAAGAAUUUUACGCAAUAUCGACGUUAUAUGCUAUAUAAUAUUUUGCUAUAGAAGUCGUAUUAACAGAGAAAAUAUUUAAUUUAAAGACAAAAUGCAAUUAUAGCGAAAAAGAAAGUUAUUGCGAUAUAGAUAGUACGAAAAUCUAUAUAUAUCAUAAAAAAAUUAUAUUCAAUGUUUUCAAGUACGAAAUUAAUAUUUUUGUAGAGCAUUUAGUAUCCAAAGAAUAAAAAAUUAAAGUAUAGAUACGUCAAUAAAAAAGAACCUUAUAUUAUAACUGAAUUAUACAAAAGUGUAUUAAAAUUUUCUAAUUAAAGUUAGUUUAAACUAGCUAUUUAAUAUAUUCAAGUAAAGCAGUAUGUGUGUUCAGUGCAAUUGUUCAAAAUACUAAUUGCAAUAAAUGGAUUUCAAUAUUUUUAACUUUAAUAGUUAAUAGUUUGCGGAAAACGUAAUUUCCAAUAAAAUAAUUCCAUAAUAUAUCUUGAACAAACAGUUUUGCACAAUAAUAUAUUGAGAAAGAUUAACUUAAUAUUCACAAAUAAAGUAUACUUAUAAUUGAUCUAAUUUUUAAGCUGCAGAUAGUAACAAUAAUUUUUUAUUUUCCUCUAUAACUUUGUACUCUUCCAUAUAUUCGUUUUCUUUAAGUUGGUAACUCAGAUACUAAUUGUAAGUAUAGCACGCAACAUUUAAAACUGUUACGACUGAGUACCAAUUUCGAUAUAUUAUUUUAAUAUGAUGAAUAUUUUUGAAAUUUUUAAUUAUGUAAUAGCAUUGAUAGCAAAUCGAAAAUAAAAAUUUAACUAGAAGUUAAAUUAUUAUCGAAAUCAAAUAAAUGUAAGUACUUAAGUCAUACAUUUAAAGCAAAUCGUUAUUUCAUAUUACAUCGUAAUUUAGAAUUGUUUAGUAAAUUUAUUACCACAAUAUAACGAAAUAAAAUAGCUCAGAAUAGCCUUAAAUAUUAAUUCAAAUUACUGAAGAGGAUUUUAAAACAUAAAACUAUUUAUCUCCAGCUAACAUUUCCUUUGUUAUCUUAUUAUUAUUAUUAUAUAUUUGUACUUUAGACUCAGUGCCUGUUACAAAGAGGUUAUUGCAUUCUUAUUACUAGUUUCUUAUAUUAUAUGUAUUAAAUUCAUAUAUUGAAUUCUAUCUCUUGAAAUAGAGAAGUAUUGUUAUCAACACUUACUUAAAAUGAUUUAAGUUAAACAUUUUCAUAACUUUCCAAAUGAAUUUUAUGACUUUACAAUCAUACUAAAAAAGUAACUACCGCGUAACUUUUUUAGUAUUAUUUACAAAAAUAAAGAUAACCUUGAUUAUUUAUUGAAAAAAGACAUUUAACAAAUUUUUGGUACUGCAAUUUAUUGUUUGAUUGAGUGUUGACUAAUUUUUGUUUGUAACAUUCUUUUUUGUUCGAUUAUAAUAAAACUGAUACUAAUAUGUGAAUUUAAAAAGCAGUCAAAUUAAAAAUUAAUAGUUUCUAAUAAAUAACUUCCACAACUUCAACUAUUAUUUUGAUUAGUUUAAACAAAAAAACUUCUCCUUCAAACUAUUUCCAGAAUGUACAAUGACUGAAAUCAUUUUCGAAGUAUGUAGUAGCUCAGCUUGAUAUACAUUAAUAGUGCGAGCAUUUAGAUCUCUCGACGAUGCGGAAAACUUAUGUACUUGUAUGUAUGUAUGCGUGGCUUUUAACAUAGGAAUUUUAUAUUUCCAUACAAGAAAUUGAGAAAUGUAAGAUUUUAAUCUAUAAUUUAGGAAACAUAAAUACAAAAAUCUCCGGAAAUUCA